UCAAAGAAGAGUAGACGGAAGAGUUUUUCCAUGAAAAUCACGCGACGAAGAGACCGCAGGAGAUGUCAACAAAAACUCUCCUGAAAAUGUCAACCUGAAUAAUAAUAACGAGCUGAAUUUUACAACUGUCUGCCAGUGUCGAUCAAUUAUAUCUUCCUUUCAUGAGCGUUUAACUAAAUUCUCACAAUGGCAGAAGGAACUCUUUCCGGUGUAAAUGUUGUACUUGUUAUGGCCUACGGAAGCCUGGUGUUUGUGUUGCUGUUCAUCUUUGUGAAAAGGCAGAUAAUGCGCUUUGCUAUGAAGUCUCGCAGAGGACCGCACGUCCCGCUGGGUCAUAAUGCACCGAAGGACCUUAAAGAAGAGAUUGACUCCCGUUUGUCCAAAGUGAAUGACAUUCGCUACGAGCCACAUCUGCUCUCUAAAGAUGACGAUCGACUGAAGCAUCAAGGCCAAAUUGGUUGUUAUAAUUAUCUCUUCAGAAUGCAAGCAUUAGAUGCCAUUAGAGACUCUGAUCUCCCAUUUCACGAGUUGUGUCGCAGUGCCAGUGCUCUGACCGGGCGGCGCUACAGGAAGUGGCUGCUGGACCUGCGAAACUCUCAUUCUCUGUUCAAGACGAGUCAUGGUGCGCUCCUAGAGCGCUUAGUGGAGGGCUACGACAGCGCUCGCCAUGGGACCGGGAUGUUUGGUGAGGCAGAGUUUGUGAAGUAUAAGGAAGAUCUGGCUGAACUGGCUGCUGUUGUCAAGACCUACUCCAGCAGCACCAGUCUAAACCAGCAGCACCAGUCAGCAGCUAAAGAUCUGACCAGCUCUCCCGGCCCCUCGUCUGCCUCCACCAUUCAGGUUACUUACCUGCCCUCCACCGGACAGCGCAGCAAGAGGCCCAAACACUUCCUGGAACUCAAAAAUUUUAAAGACAACUAUAAUACACUAGAGAGCACACUUUAGAGAACGAAACCCUCGUAAGGAACUGUGUAGAUUUAACUCAGACUGUGAAACAGAAGUGUUGCUUACUGGAAAGCCUACACAGGAAAAUCUUUCAUGUAGAAAUGACUACAGUGGGAGAUGCAGUAAAAUUACCUCAAAUCACAUUGAGAAUGUGAGAAUGACACGAUAGAACAAAAUCUGUGGGAUAAAGGUCAUUGUGACUGCUUUGAGAGCAAUGCAAGAAUGUUACGUUUCUAAUUCAAUUGUUGUCCUGCCUGAGCUCACACUGUUUACUUUACUUUAAAGGUCAUAGCCACUGUUUACCCUUUUCUUUUCUGAGAAUACCAUUUUAAUAUGAAGAGCACCAACAAUGCGUCCCUUUAGCUAGGAUGAGAACCUUUUUAACUGGAAUAACUGUUCUGGCACAAACGUGGAUUUAAAAACAGCUGUACGGACAUUCAUUCUUACACCUGUUUUAUAUUAAAACAACCUUAACUUGAGGUUUCCGAAAAAGAUCCUCUGUCAGAGAAGACAAGGCUGGACAUCAUUCUAACAGAAAUUGGGAGAGACAAAUAUUCUUUUCUGUGCUACUGAUCAGCUUAUUGUCCUUAUUUUUUAAGUGCAAUUGUAAUUUUUAAUUAGUUCAUGUGUGUGUAAGGAGGAACAAAGUUCUUUGAGACAUGACUUGAUAUGGUUGUUGUCAUGGUAAUGUAGCUUAAAGAGCUAUGAGAAGCUGUCUGUGUUGACUUUCACUGUAUUAUAAAGUCUUAUCAGAUCUAA